UCUGGGACCAUGAGGCAGACCAUUCCUACCAAAAAAAACGUGGGCCUGAAUCACAAAGUAGCGAACUUUUGAGUUAAGGAAUCAUAAUUUCAUACUACCCUCUUCUAUAUUUGGCGUGUAGCAAUGGUGGGUCUGCCUCACUCGUCUUUUACUCUUUUUUUUUUUUUCUUUUUUGUCGGGGGAAAGAAUUGUUCUCCACCUUCCACGCUGCCCGACCGACAUUCUCCCUUUCAAUCUCCACCGUUUCUUCCACGUGUCAUAUCUCUCUUUCAUAUUUUCACUGCAGUCAGUCUCUGGCUGUGUUGAAUUAAGAUUGUGUUCUCGCCGUCCUAGUUAACUGAUAAAGUUCGGUUCUGAUUAAUUCAACUUAUAUAAUAAGAAUAAAGAGACUUAAAAUUUGAUCUUUUAUUUUUUUCACAAAAAAAAUUAAGUAAUAUCUCAGUCCGAUAAUAUAAAAAAAUUAUGUAAAGUGGUCGCCGUAAGUUUGAAAUUAUAUUAAAAAAAAAAAAAAGGGAUUGGCUCUGCCUUGUGUAAAGACUUUCUUAAACGAUGGAUCGUGAGUGGUGACCCAUACUCUAUACCUAAAGUGGGCCUAAACUCCACAACACAAUCUUACCGGUUAGUUUAAUGUAUUGGUCCUCUGAGGUUUACCAAGACAAUAAGUAAACGUAGAAGCCUAGAGAGAGAGAGAGAGAGAGAGAGAGAGAUUGCUUUGGCUGGUUUUCUGUCUGAAAUUAACAAAGCAUGGAACGGUAUGAGAUGAUGAAAAAUAUUGGGUCUGGGAAUUUCGGAGUAGCCAAGCUGGUUAAAGAUAAGAGGACCAGAGAACUCUAUGCUGUUAAGCUCAUUGAGAGAGGCCAGAAGAUUGAUGAACACGUGCAGAGGGAAAUCAUGAACCAUCGAUCAUUGAAGCAUCCUAAUAUUGUUAGAUUCAAAGAGGUCCUGCUAACACCAACGCAUUUAGCGAUAGUUAUGGAGUAUGCUGCUGGAGGUGAACUCUUUGAGAGGAUUUGCAGUGCUGGAAGAUUUAGUGAGGAUGAGGCAAGGUUUUUCUUUCAACAACUGAUAUCAGGGGUCAGUUACUGUCAUUCAAUGCAAAUCUGUCAUCGAGAUCUUAAACUUGAGAAUACACUCUUAGAUGGAAGCACAGCACCACGUGUUAAAAUAUGUGAUUUUGGGUACUCAAAGUCAUCCGUGUUGCAUUCACAACCAAAGUCUACUGUAGGGACGCCAGCAUACAUUGCACCUGAGGUCCUGUCUAAGAAAGAGUAUGAUGGAAAGAUUGCAGAUGUUUGGUCCUGUGGUGUCACCUUAUAUGUGAUGCUCAUUGGGGCAUAUCCCUUUGAAGAUCCUGGUGAUCCAAGAAACUUCAGAAAAACAAUUGGGCGGAUACUUAGUGUCCAAUACUCAAUUCCGGAUUAUGUCAGAGUUUCCAUGGAAUGUAAACAUCUUCUAUCUCGAAUAUUUGUGGCUAACCCAGAAAAGAGAAUAACGAUCCCAGAAAUUAAAAUCCACCCAUGGUUCUUAAAGAACUUGCCUGUAGAACUCGCGGAAGGAGGAAGCUGGCAGAGCAAUGAUGUAAAUAAUCCAUCCCAGAGUGUUGAGGAAGUAUUGGCGAUAAUACAAGAGGCAGGUAAAACUCUUGAUUUGCCUAAGGCUGGUGGGCUUUUGCUUGGAGGCAGCAGCAUGGAUCUUGAUGACUUGGAUGGUGAUGCAGAUGUUGAAGAUAUAGAAAUGAGUGGUGAUUUUGUGUGCCCACUAUGAGUGGAAGUGUAAAUAUAGAUCUUGCUUUGUUGAGGUAUUGAAUCCACUAUUCCCUGUUGUAUAAUCUGUGUUGACAUUUGGUAGAUAAAAAGGGCCCUUCAAGUGUCACUUGCAUUACUUACUUUUCAUAGUUUUCUCAUAAUAAUUUCUGUUACGUUCUGUUUUUUAUUUUAUUGCAAUGAAGUUGAAGGUCCUAUUGAAACCA